GAGGGAGCCUGCUCAGCAUGAAGCGGAUGUGAGUAGAUCCACAGCCCAGGCCGUCCCUGGCUGCUGUGAUGUGGAGCAUGGGCUCUGGGGAGGCAGGAGCGCGAGCUGUCAUAUCGAUCCAGGUGAUCCAGCGGGCAGCACCAGGACACAGCCCAUAAUAAGAAUCGGAAUCACAAAGGGACUGUUCUGAGGUGCCUGAGUCUCCUGCUUCAGUGGAAAUCCCCAGCUUCAAAUGUUCGCUUCUCAGUGGCUGUGCCAGCAGCUGCGCCCCCGGCGGGCCAGCCCAAGGGCAGCACUAACGGGCACUGCCCGACGCCACGCCUGUCCAUCUCUUCCCGGGCCACGGUGGUUGCGAGGAUGGAGGGUGCCUCCCAGGGGGGCCUGCAGACAGUCAUGAAGUGGAAGACGGUGGUGGCCAUCUUCGUGGUGGUGGUGGUCUACCUGGUCACGGGCGGCCUGGUCUUCCGGGCAUUGGAACAACCCUUCGAGAGCAGUCAGAAGAACACCAUCGCCCUGGAGAAGGCGGAGUUCCUGCGUGACCAUGUCUGCGUGAGCCCGCAGGAGCUGGAGACCUUGAUCCAGCAUGCCCUGGACGCCGACAACGCGGGAGUGAGUCCAGUGGGGAACACUUCCAACAACAGCAGUCACUGGGACCUUGGAAGUGCCUUUUUCUUUGCUGGGACUGUCAUCACCACUAUAGGCUAUGGGAAUAUUGCUCCGAGCACAGAAGGAGGCAAGAUCUUUUGCAUUUUGUAUGCCAUCUUUGGAAUUCCCCUCUUUGGUUUCUUACUGGCUGGAAUUGGAGACCAACUUGGAACCAUCUUUGGGAAAAGCAUUGCAAGAGUGGAGAAGGUCUUUCGAAAAAAGCAAGUGAGCCAGACCAAGAUCCGGGUCAUCUCAACCAUUCUCUUCAUCCUGGCUGGCUGUAUCGUGUUUGUCACCAUCCCUGCAGUGAUUUUCAAAUACAUCGAGGGGUGGACGGCCUUGGAGUCUAUUUACUUCGUGGUGAUUACACUCACCACUGUGGGCUUCGGCGAUUUUGUGGCAGGCGGAAACGCUGGCAUCAACUACCGAGAGUGGUAUAAGCCACUGGUGUGGUUCUGGAUCCUUGUCGGCCUUGCCUACUUUGCCGCUGUCCUCAGUAUGAUUGGAGACUGGCUGCGGGUUCUGUCCAAAAAGACAAAAGAAGAGGUGGGCGAGAUCAAGGCUCACGCGGCCGAGUGGAGGGCCAACGUGACGGCCGAGUUCCGGGAGACGCGGCGGCGGCUGAGCGUGGAGAUCCACGACAAGCUGCAGCGCGCCGCCACGCUGCGCAGCCUGGAGCGGCGGCGCCUGGGCCUGGAGCAGCGCGCGCACUCGCUCGACAUGCUGUCCCCGGAGAAGCGCUGCGUGUUCGCCGCCCUGGACGCCAAGGCCUCGUCGCAGGACGGCAUCGACAGCCGGCCCAACAACCUGCGCCUGCGGGCCGAGCAGCUCAGCCAGCGCGGCCAGGGCGCCUCGGAGGACAACAUCAUCAACAAGCUGGGCUCGGGCGCCCGGCCCGGCAAGCGCAGGAACCGCGAUGCGCGCAGGGCGCCGCCCGACGACGCGCACCGGGCCUACCGGGCCUUCCGCAACUGCUCCCUGGACGAGGACGGGCGGGAGCGCGCCCACGGGGCCUGCGACUCGGACCACUCGAGCACCGCCAUGCUCACGGCCUGCGGCCAGCCGCCCGCCGGGGCCCACGACGGCGGGGUCCCCAGGGACCCGCAGCCGGAGCCCGAGAGCGACUCGCUGCUUGGGGACCGGAGCUAAGUGGCCCCCCCGGAUGGCUCCUCGGUUCUUGAUUUUGCUUUCAUUUAAUCUUUUUGGUAUCAAUAGUCAACCCGAGACACGUGCCUUAAACAGACUCCUUACCUGUGUCCGAGAUCACAGAGCGUCCAAGGCUCCCUCUCACUGUGCCAUAAGCACCCGGGGAGGCCGGGCCCGGGAGGUCGAGGCUCCAGAGGUCGAGGGUGGGGUCCCCCUCUGUGUUUAGGGGUGCCCCCUGGCGUGGCACAUGGAACAGGGCAGCUUUUUCCUUUAGACCAGCCUUCUGCAAGGAUGGCGGUGUCUUCCCUGCACCUGCCUGUAGCAAGGAGAGAGCACAGCCAGAAAGGGACAGUGGGGCAG